AUGGCAGGAGACAUGACCCAGAGAAUUGAUGAUGUGGUGCAGAUUAUAUUUGGCCUGAUAUGGACAGCAAUGAGCAUUGCCAUGAUUGCUGUAGGGGCUGUUUUCUUAAAUAACUGCCCAGACGAGCGCAUGAUCCCAAUCUACCUGAUCGUGGCCGGGGUAUUCAGCUUCUCUUUCUGGAUAUUUCUGCCCCUGGAGUGGUUCUCCCCCUACCUGAGACAAAUCCUCAUGUCACUUACAUCUCUGUUCAUCUUUGCCUGGUUUAUUGCAGGAAGCGUCUGGGUUUUCAGAAUAUACAACAACGAUCCAAGGCGAUGCCAGAUAAAUAUGUACCUCUUUGCAUUUGCGGUCCUGAUCAUACAGUACAUCUCUAUUGGAUUAAUGGAUAAAGGACUGUCUUUUAGGCUCUCUGCUAUGUCUUCUCUAACUAAUGAAGCCAUAACUGCUAAAAGUCCAUUUUGA